UUGUCUCGCCACGUGUCAUGCGGCACGUGCUCUUCGUACCAUCCCCUACAAAUUCCUGAUGAUCGAUUGUUUCUUCCCCUUCCCAUUUCCGUGGCAGCCAGCAACCACUCUCAGUCUCAGUCCUCCACUCCACACUCCGCUGCUCCACCAUCCGGGGGGAUUCGUUGCAGUUUUAACAUUAUUCAUCAAUGGCGACCAUCACUGCUGCGCAUUUCGUGUCGAGAGCCUCCCAUGUCAGCUCGGAGACCAAGGCUAGUCCCGUGGGCCUCCAGGCACAGAGCCUAAGCCACCACGGCCUCAGGGCGGUGAACACGGUAGACAAGCUGCAAAUCCGAACCAAGGCGAAAGCGAUAGCGACCAGAGCCGUGAAGAAAUCGCAGGCGGUCACUGAAUCGCCUUCGUCUGCCAAAAUUGUGUGCGGAGCAGGGAUGAAUUUGGUGUUCGUCUCUUCAGAGUGUGGGCCCUGGAGCAAAACCGGCGGUCUCGGUGAUGUCCUCGGUGGACUCCCCGCUGCAAUGGCCGCCAGAGGACACCGGGUGAUGACGGUUUGCCCUCGUUAUGACCAGUACAAAGAUGCUUGGGACACCUGCGUCUUCGUCGCGAUUCAAGUUGGGGAUAAAGUUGAGACAGUUCGCUUCUUCCACUGCCACAAAAGGGGAGUUGAUCGCGUCUUCGUUGAUCACCCUUUGUUCCUUGAGAAGGUGUGGGGCAAAACUGGAUCCAAGAUCUAUGGCCCUACUACAGGAAUUGACUACAGGGACAACCAAUUGCGUUUCAGCAUGCUGUGCCAAGCUGCUUUAGAGGCACCAAGGGUUCUGAAUUUGAACAGCAGCAAAAAUUUCUCCGGGCCAUAUGGGGAUGAUGUUCUCUUCAUUGCCAAUGAUUGGCACACUGCUCUGCUCCCUUGUUACUUGAAGACCAUGUAUCAGCCAAGGGGCUUCUACACAAAUGCUAAGGUUGCCUUCUGCAUCCACAACAUUGCUUAUCAGGGACGAUUUGCCUUUGCAGACUUCUCUCUUCUCAAUUUGCCCGAUUCCUUCAAGGGCUCCUUCGACUUCAUGGAUGGAUACAAUAAGCCAGUGAAAGGAAGGAAAAUCAACUGGAUGAAAGCUGGAAUACUGGAAUCUGACAGGGUGGUAACUGUGAGCCCAUACUACGCCCAGGAACUGGUCUCUGGUGAGGAUAAAGGCGUCGAAUUGGACAACGUCCUUCGCACCAAAACCGUCACCGGAAUUGCAAACGGCAUGGAUGUUCAAGAAUGGGAUCCGGCUACCGACAAGUACAUUGAUGUCAAAUACGAUGCAACUACGGUAUGCCGCCAUUCACCAAGUAUAAUUGCGUCCCUGGAUUACUACAACAAGGGUGGUGAUGUUGAUUGUUAUUCAUAUUGUGGGGUUUCAGGUCACGGAUGCAAAGCCAUUGUUGAAGGAAGCACUUCAAGCAGAGUGCGGAUUGCCAGUGGACAGGAACAUUCCUGUGUUUGGAUUCAUUGGCAGAUUGGAAGAACAGAAAGCUGCUGCUUCAAAUUGAUUUGUGAUGGCUUUUGGGUGCAGGGUACGGGGAAGAAGUACAUGGAGGAGCAGAUUGAGCAGCUGGAGAAGUUGUACCCUGAUAAGGUCAGGGGAGUGGCGAAAUUCAACGUCCCCUUGGCCCAUAUGAUCACAGCUGGGGCUGACUUCAUGUUGGUCCCCAGUAGAUUUGAGCCAUGCGGUCUCAUCCAGCUGCAUGCCAUGCGAUAUGGAACGGUGCCAUGCGUUGCUUCAACUGGUGGGCUGGUGGACACAGUGAAGGAAGGUUAUACUGGAUUCCAGAUGGGAGCAUUCAACGUGGAAUGUGAUGCAGUGGAUCCAGCUGAUGUGCAGAAAAUAGUGACUGCUGUGAAAAGGGUGAUUGCCGCAUUUGGGACACCAGCCGUGGAAGAGAUGAUUCAGAACGGAAUGGCACAGGAUCUGUCGUGGAAAGGGCCUGCAAGGCUGUGGGAGAAGAUGCUGUUGGGACUGGGAGCUGCCGGGAGUGAGGCUGGCGUUGAAGGUGAAGAGAUCGCACCCCUCGCCAAGGAAAAUGUCGCCACUCCUUGAGUGGAAGCACGCACGGGUUUUUUGACAGCAGAUCGGCUUCUUCAUAAAAGUAGUAGCAGCAGCAGUAGUAGUAGAAUAAGUUGAUGUCUCGGGCUGACAUAUUAUAAAUUCCUGCAUUAGUUUUAAGUCGUGGAAGAAUGUUUUGUAUAAAGAAUUAGUUAAAGUAGGGUACUGGUGGUAGCUAAGCUUACUUGACUAACUGUUCUCUAUGUACUGAUCUAAGCGGUGGCAGAUCCAAAGUUCUAGUACUUUGUCAGGCUCGUGCGUGGGCGAGACUGGCAAAGGUUAAAUAGGAACCACAUAAAAUGUCAUGGAACGUUGGAUGUGCAUAGCUGAUUUCCUGAAGCUAGCUACUCAGUGAGAGGAGUUUCCAGGCUUCAGUUAUCUGCAAGAAAAAUAAGAGAAAUUAGCGGCAUGAGAUAACCAGUAUGCUUCAAUUACUUUCCACAAUUCUUGCGAGCAUUCUCCUAGUUUUGUACAAGUUGGAGAUCAUCUCGCCUCUUGCCCACAUUUCAAAAUCCAUAUCACAUAUCUCUGAUGAAUAAAAACUGGAAAAUCUGCACAAAAUAAUUGCAUAAUCAAACGUGGUAACGAAAUGUAAUAUGAGGCUAAUGAGUCCUGUCUUAUUCGUAAUCAUACAAACAUCCGAUAUUCAGUUAAUGAAAAGUGGAGGAACCACCCCGCCUAAUCCUACCAUUGAUUAGAGGUGGGAUUGGACAAAGGAAAACGAUGCGGCCGCCUCAUUUCGUUCCCUGGGCCCGUUAGGCCCAAACAAACUCCAACAGCGCCGACCUGACUCACGCCCCCAUCAGCCUCACACUUUCUCACGCCUUCCCACUCAACAAAUAGUAAAUUAUCAGUAAAUAUCCCUAACGAAUAAAAGACCACCCAAAAGAUAAAAUAAAAUAAUAAUAUCACUCAACCAAUUUCUCCGUCUGUUCUGUAGUCUAAAGUCUAAACACUACAGUCUACAGUCUAGUGAGCCUCUUUUUACUUUCAUCCACUUCUUCAUCUCCUUCCCCAACUUUACCUUCUCUGACCUCCAUACCCAUCACCCUUAUCACAAGUUCAGAACCACUCAUUCAUUCACUCACUCCACUCACUCAAUCAAUCUUUCCCCUCUUCCGAUCAUCAACUCUCUCUUCUUCACCACACCCACCAGCCACCAGCGAGAGCAAGCUCAACUUCCAGACGAUGAAGAACUUCACAUUCCUCUCCCACCCUGCUCCUCUACUUCUACUCCUCCUCUUCUCCGUUUCAGGUAAACUUCAACCCACCAUUCCCCUGCUUCUUCUCAAUCUCUUGUGCUGUUUGCAAAAUUUAACUAAAAUGCCGAUGUUUCCUCCACUGCAGCUACCCUGGUCGAUUCAAUUGGGAUCAACUACGGCCAAAUCGCCAACAACCUCCCAAAACCAGAGGACGCAGUCCCGCUCAUCAAAGCCCUCGGAGCCACAAAAGUCAAGCUCUACGACGCCAGCCCACCGGUCCUCCGAGCCUUCGCCCACACCGGCGUCGAGUUCGUCGUCGGCCUGGGCAACGAGUACAUGUCCCAGAUGCGAGAUCCCGACAAUGCCCGCACCUGGGUCAAGACCAACGUCCAGUGCUACCUCCCCGCCACCAAAAUCACCUGCAUCACCGUCGGCAACGAGGUCCUCACCAUGACCGACGAAUCCUACAUCCCCCACCUCAUCCCCGCCCUCUACUCCAUCCACGCCGCCGUCGUCUCCCUCGGCCUCCAGAACCAGGUCACCGUCACAACCCCUCACUCCCUCGCCAUCCUCCAAACCUCCUACCCACCUUCCUCCGGCGUGUUCCGCCGAGAUCUCACCGGCUGCCUCACCCAGAUCCUCAAUUUCAACGCCAACACCUCUUCCCCCUUUUUAAUCAACGCCUACCCUUACUUCGCCUACAAAGCCAGCCCCAAGCAGGUCUCUCUCGAUUUCGUCCUGUUCCAGCCCAAUCAGGGCGUGGUCGACCCUGCCUCCAAUCUCCACUACGACAACAUGCUUUUCGCCCAAAUCGACGCCGUCCACUACGCCCUUGCCGGGCUAGGGUUCAAGGACAUGCCGGUUCAUAUCUCGGAGACCGGGUGGCCUUCUAAAGGCGACGGCGACGAACCCGGGGCGAGUUUGGAGAACGCCAAGAAGUACAACAGCAACCUAAUCAAGACCAUCUGCCAGAGGAAGGGCACACCGGUGAAGCCCAAUAUGGACUUGAACAUUUACGUGUUCGCGUUGUUUAACGAGAACAUGAAGUCCGGCCCAACUUCCGAGCGGAAUUACGGCCUGUUUAAGCCCGAUAGGACACCGGUCUACGACAUGGGGAUUGACCUGUCGUCGAUUGGGAGCGGCGGCGGCGGAAACAAGAGCAGUCCCGCCGCCGGAGGAGGAGGAAGCAGCUCAGGGAAUCAACCGUCGGCGCCGGACAACGGUCCAAAUGGGUACUUGGCGAUUACGAGUGGGACGACAAAGGUGAGCGGCUUGUCAUCGCUGUCGUUCACACUGUGGGGAGGAAUAUUGUUACUUGCUGCUGGCCUUGCGUCGGCGUGAGGCGGCUGAAUUUGCUGUUUCCAUCUCCAUCUUUUCUCUUUUUUCUUUUGGGGAGUACGGCGGAAGGAAAUUGGAGAGCUGGGUAGUGGGAACUGAACUUGGAUUUGUUUAGGGUUUGGUGCAAGAUUUGGUCAUGUGGCCAUGUGCGGCAAUGUCGCAGUACCAAGAUCCUUCCAGUCGCUCUGCAGAAAAGAAGAGAUACUGUUGUUUGAUUGUCGUUUUAGCCACGCUCUGCCUGCCUCGAUGUCAUCACAUCAUCAUUGUUAUUCUUUGUCAGAUUAAUUUAUAAUAAUGGAUGUCAUCGUAUCAGACCGAUUUCAGUUUAUAUGAAACCACGAUUAACGGCUAUAAUUGACGGUGGAAAGAAAGAAAGGAAGAGAGGGAGAGCUGAAAGUUUCAUUUUUUGCCUUUGCUUGUGCGCAGCAAACUGCUAAAGAAUCUACAGUAAGAAAAGCAUCCUUCCUUGUUUGGUUUAUCCUCGAUUCAAUUGGGCAAUUCCUCUCAGAGACAA